AAGGAAUCAUACCCAAGAACAAGGGCUCUUGUUCCCACCAUCUAAUUAAACUGUUUACAACCACAGGACUGUUCGUUUCACUGGACUCGAAGCCCUAGUACCUAGGGAAGGCAAAUUUUGCCCUAGGCCCAAAAUCUUCACUCCAGAUGACGACAACGAUGAUGAUGAUUAUGAGAACACCAAUCCUUGUGACCCCAAACCAGCUCUGCCCUCCAGGACGAAUCGGAGAAUGAACAAGGCUAUCAAAGAUGACCUACCUCUGAAAUGUAUGAAUGAACCUGCUAAACAACCUCCCUCUGUUUGGACAACACCCCAAAAAGGAAUGAUUCCCAAGGAAACUCCAAGAUUUCAGCCGCCAGCUAUAGGUCUUGAUUUUUCCUCUGGAGCAGUUAAUGCCGCAUUUUCCGAUACUACAGCUCGCAAUACUUUCCCGGAAUUAGAAGCGAUGCCACAUCAUAAUAAACAGAGACCCGGAAGAUCAAAGAUGGUGGUCCUGACAGGAUUGAUGGUCAUCAUCUUCCUUGCUUUAGCAGGUGUCACUGCGUUCAUAUCCUUACGUUACAUCGCUGUCGCAGAAAAAGUGGUUGACUUGGAGGAAACUGUCUCAGAUCUCCAGAAGAAUGCCAAGAGUGAGCAGGGCAACGUGAAGGCAGAAGUGGCGGAUCUCAAUAACACAAUGGUGAAACUACAAGACAUGAUCGUGGUAAACAUAAAGCAGAUCAAGGAGAUUAAAAAAACUUUGGAGAAUAUCUGCACACGGUGCCCUGUUGGCUGGUAUAUGAAUGGCUCCUCCUGUUAUUAUGUAUCUAUGGAAAAAGUAUCCUGGGAUGAGGCUCGAGAUGAAUGCUACAAAAUGAACUCUGUUCUUGUAAUGGUAAAGGACAAGACUGAAUCGGAGGCUUUAAAGAAAUUAUUUAAGGAAAACGGAAGAUACUGGAUCGGACUGAGACGAGACCCUAAAGAAGUUCACAUCUGGAAGUGGCUGGAUGGGGAACAAGUCACCUUUACAAACUGGGGUGUAAAUGAGCCCAAUUAUUACUCGAAUGUUGAGCACUGUGGAGAAACCAUAUCCGGGCCUUGGAACGAUCGAAGCUGUGCUGAUAAGAUAAAUUAUAUAUGUAAAAAGAUAAGAACGUGCUGAGAUCCAUUCUAUACCAAGCAGUGACAUAACCUGAAGCUUCUGGAUCUAUUGCAGAUACCCCACCUACCAUGUGCUCUUUAUAUUACAGGCUUUACUUACAUUAUGUGAAAGAGCAGCCUUUGGGCUCCCUUAGGUGCCAGUGACUGGGUGUGAUAGAAACCUACAUUCCCUAUAAUUACAACACUGGCACCAAAAACAUAAAAGCAAAUAACCAGGGAAUAUGCAAACAUUAAUUUCAUGUUAUUUAUGCUGCAGGUGGAUCGAAGUAGUUAAAGAAAACCUUAUGCAAAUGAUGUACAAUGACAGACUGUAUGCAAGGGAUACACUGUCAAACAACUUAUUUAUAUAGAGUUGUCAGCUAGACAGUCCCUCGCUACCGGUCAGUCUAAUGCCAGUUUUACACAUGUGUUAUACCUACAUCUUUUUGCUUCUAGGCCACAAGUCAUAUUCUGUCCAUGGGUCUGACAGAUGUCAGUUCAGGUCACCAGACCUGUGGUCGUAAUAAAAUUCAGCCUUAUAAUGCCUUUGUGAGACCAGUGAAGUCAUUUGGCCAUCCAUGGUGUCUAUUGUUUGACAGAUCUGACACUGCUGUGAUGUUUUCUGUUCUAAUAUAACCUAACAGUGCCAAACAUGGUCUAAAAAAACAUUAGAGACCAAACAAUAGCGCCAUCAAUAGAAGCCACCGGAUCCUCAGUACCAAUGAAGAACUCUUCAAGACUCUGCUUCUUACAUGGAUUUGGAGUCUCUUGAGGAUGUAGCCUUGUGCCCAUUUCAGAUCCCUGUAGACUUUGCAUUAUUAAAGCUUGGAUGAUUCUGAUCCACUUCAUGAGAACCACGAGGACAGAAUAGAGCAGCUCCUUGGAUGGUGCAGACCCUCAGGCUAUUGACACACCCACUCGUUCUUUAUGAUGGAGUAAUUUGGUGUGAUACAAAUGUUCACUGACUUUAAUGCUUCAAAUAAACAA